AUGGAGACUAGACAAAGACGUGCUCGGGGCCGUGGGCGCGAAUCCAGGCAAGUUCAAGACCAAGGAGAGGAACAAGGUUCUGUGGCGAAUCAGAACCAGGGACCCCUAGGAGAUGGAGGGGACCAGGUAGCUACGACUAUCAAUCGAAUGACUGAUUUACUGGCUCGCUUGGUUGACCAGCUGGGUCAAGUACCUGGUAACCAACAAAGGGACCCUGAAGUAGGUGAGGACAGGGCCCUGGAGAGGUUUCAAAAGUUUUCUCCUCUAAAAUUUCUUAGAGGACCUGAACCCGAAGUUGCUGAGAAUUGGUUCGAGCGAAUAGAAGAUAUAUUCGCCGCGCUACAUUACACUGAAGAGAGGCAAGUUACCUUCGCCGUUUUUCAGCUGGAAGAGAAAAGGGAGGACGAGUUUAUCAAGUUGCAUCAAGAUGCUUUAAGUGUAGCAGAAUAUGAGACUCACUUCACUCGACUCUCCAAGUUUGCCCCAGAAUUGGUGUUUAGUGAACAAAAGCGCAUAAGGCGAUUUGUACAAGGAUUGAAUGUGGAAAUUCAGAAGGAUUUAGCUGUUGCUCAAUUCGACACUUUUAAGGAUGCUCUCGAAAAGUCUCAACGCGUGGAGCAGACCCGAUUUCAAGUGCAGACCUAUCAAGCUAAGAGGCGUAGUACAUCUAGUAGUGCUCCUGCGCGAGGUGAUCAAAAUGUGCCACCUCCUAAGUUUGGAAGAGGUACGGGUGGAGCCCGAACUGCUGGGGCAUCGAGAGGAGGAGCUCCAUCUAGAAGAACUCAAAGUGGAAGGGGACAGGGACAACAGAGGACUAUCUCCCAAGGAGUUCCUGCACCUACUACUCGUGCAAGUUAUGGAUAUUGUGGUAAGCCAGGCCACAUCGAGGACGCUUGCUGUUCCGAUCAUCAGCUCGCCGGAUGUCCUGUUAAGAACCGUGAGGGAAAUGGGGGUGCUCAGCCGGAAAAAUCAAACCUUAAGCAACCAACUACUAGUGGGAGUAGACCAAAAUCCUCUGUUAGGGUUUUUGCUUUGGACUAUCAGCGAGCUCCUGAGUCCUCUGAAGUGGUAGAAGGUACGAUUCUUGUAUUCCACCGCUUAGCUAAGCUUUUAAUUGACCCUGGGGCAACCCAUUCUUUUGUGAAUCCUGCCUUUAUGUGCGGUAUUGAUGUGAGUCCUGUUAAAUUACCCUAUGAUUUAGAAGUUAAAACACCUACUGGAGAUCAAAAUCUAAUUACCAAUAUGGUUUAUAGAAAUUGUGAGAUUUGGGUAGGAGAACGGAAGUUGGUAGGAGACUUGAUAAGUUUAGACCUUAAGGGGUACGACGUGAUCAUAGGCAUGAAUCUGUUGGCCCGUUAUAAUGUACAACUGAAUUGUAAAACUAAGGUGGUGAAAUUCUCGAUACCCGGUGAGGCAACUCUUAAGUUUGAUGUGAGAGGUAAGUUAGCUUCGUCUACACUUGUCUUGGGGAUCCGAGCCAGAAAGUUGUUGAGUAAAGGGGCGCAAGGAUACUUAGCCUUCUUAAUUAAUACUCCUGGAGAUAAGGUGAAACUGGAGGAUGUCUUAGUAGUGAAUGAAUUUCCUGAUGUCUUUCCUGACGAGUUGAAGUCCAUGCCACCCGAAAGAAAAUAG